AUGGCACAGACGUGGACUCCUCCUGCGGACGGCACACCAUGCUGGAUCAAUGUUCUCGCUACCGAUGUCCCCCGAGCCCAAGCCUUUUACAGUACCGUCUUCAAUUGGCGCUUCAACAGGUCUGCAUCCCAGGAUGGUCGCACCCUUGAUCCAAACGAGAUCGCCUUGUUCGAAGUGCCUGGCCAGCCCAGUCCGAACGGCGGAAUUACCAAGGUCUCAGCGGACGAAUGGGCAAGCACCCAUGGCAAAGGUGGAGUGGUCCUGUAUCUCUAUGUUGAGGAUAUAAAUCCAUGGGAAGAGAAAAUUGUCGCCGCAGGUGGUAAGAAAAUGAGCGACAUUCUGCCUGAAGGCUCGAUGGCUCUGAUGCAGCACUUCGAAGACACUGAGGGCAAUUACCUGGGGAUUUACAGCAUGAAAAAGUGA